AUGGGAUCCGCCGAAUCCAAGCAAAUUGAGGGCCGGUUACUCAACUCCUCCCUAAACAAGACCAACUUCAGCAAGUCUUUCAACCUAUACUACGAAUCCAUGCGCCAUGGACUCAAAUUCGUCAUUGGCGAACACAAGAAUCAACCAUCCAACAUCAUAUCCCUACCGCAAGGAUGGUACGGCGACUUAAUUCUGUACAGCGGCCCGGACGCAAACUCAGACCCGCUAGCCGCGGUCACAUACGGAAACAAAUGGGGGACGUAUGAUCAAGUUCGACUACCGCCCAAGGAACCUGGUCAGGGGUUGAUACGGGAGGAAAUACGCUGUCACCUAAAUAAGAUGAAUAUUGCGUACACGUUUGCCAUCCCCGUUGGCGAGAGCGGGUACCCUGAGAAGUUUGAAUGGCGAAGCAGCAAGACUGACGAGGUUAAAGAGUUAGGUGAGAUGUCGCGCGGUUGGAAGCUAGUCCGGCUCAACCAUGGCGAUGAAGUCGUCGCAGUCUGGAGUUGGACAAAACUUAGAUGGAGUAUGAACAAGGGAGCGGCAUUUCAGUUCACGAAUAGCGGUGCCACAGGCGAGCUGGGCAAUGUAUUUGCGAUUAUGGCCGUGACAUCUUUCAUCAGGCAGUAUCAAAAGGAGAUUCAAGCGAGCGUCUCGGCUGCGGCGGCAUAG